AUGGUGGAACAAGAAAUUCAAAGCUUCCUCGUGAAACUAUUUCAGGAAAGAGACUCCAGACAUUACUAUGACAAGAUUCGAGACUGCCUCAAAAUGGAUGAUCGAUGUUGGAAGAAACUCUGCGAUCUUCGUGGCGACUGUGAGCUGUAUCCCUUCCUCCGAAAGCAUCAUCAAUCCAUUCAUGAUAGUCCAUCGCCCAGGAUAUUUGAGAUCCUGGUUCAGAUUCGACUAUGUAAGAGCUGGGCCAGACACCGAGGAGGAGUCAUCGAUCUCAUCGACCAAACUAUAGGGCCAACACCUCACACCUCGCAGACUCCUUCCCAUGCCUCGGUUACACACCUCACCCCGGGCAGUGCUCCCUCCAUCCGGUCCAAUUCCCACGAAAGUAAAUCUCGAUUUCCUCUAUAUGAUCCUUCUCCAGCCAACCUCUCGGUUCGCCCACCUGAUCAUGGCCGUCAUGACGGAAGUCCUAGUUCGACCAAUGACCUUUUUGCUGCUGUUCCUACCAAUAACGGCAAUGGAGGCCGCACUGCCCCUGAAGGCCAUCGGUUUUGUUGUCCUUCCAAGAACUGCAAGAAGAAUUACUCGCGCCAAGGGGACUAUGAGAACCAUAUGCAAUCCAGUCACAACGAGUGGCCCCCUCAUGAUCCUCAAAAUCAUCUCCGCAAGAUUUCUCACACCGGGCAAUUGAGUGCCGAUGUGGUCGAGGAGCAGCCCCUCGGGAACUCGUCAGCCACUCUCUCGCCGCUUACUCCUCAACCCAACCCCUUUGGCCCGAUGACUCCUGUCAUGCCCUGUACAGCUCCUAUCUCUUCUCAUCCACAGGCGCAGACAGGGUUAUCACAUCUUCUCACACAAGACACCAGCGUCCUCGGUGAUCUUCAAGCGAUUGGAGCACAAAUGCCUCUAACCCCACAGCAAAUAUCCAAUCCCCCUCUUAUUACAAACACCAUGCCCAGCGAUGAUUGGAGCAAUUCUGGCGUUGACAUUUCCGGCGGUGGUGUUAAUUUCCUUUUCGACCAAGAAUUUCUCUCGACAACCGACGUCAAUAAUGAUACCUUCAUGGACGGAAACUGA